AGUGAUUGUGGAUCGAAAAAAAAAUGGCGCCACUUUACAUCCGUUUAAUGGCGCCCGUGUUGUUGCUGUUGCUGCUACCGUCUGGUACGAUUCCGGCAGCUCAUGCCCAACAAUCCGCCGACCGAACCGGGGCCAUCAUCUUCCCAGAUGAGCUGAACACGCAGUACGAGCGGCAGCGCAAGGAAACGCUGGCAAAGGAGAAGCGCGAAUCCCCGCGACGUCUGACAGAUGAGGCAAGUGACGCCUGGGCGGAUGAUGCCCACGGCUACCCGUAUGAGGAUGAUUCGGAGGAGUUCGAUGGGCUUCCGAUCAGCUACGCACGGCAACUUUCGGAACUCAACUCAACCGCCGACAUUCUCAGCCUGCUUGAUCCUGAUUCGAUCGAUCAACGCGUGUUCAUGGGCGGUGGUGAGUACAGUGGGCGUGACAUUGGCGUGAAUCCAAUAGCGGCAUCCUGCGAACCAGAUUCCCAGUUGGUCAGUUUACGACCCGAAAACCUAACCGGUUCACGUUACUACUUCUACCCCACGUGUACGCGCGUGAAGCGCUGUAGCGGCUGCUGCAACACCAACCAGCUCGUGUGUGAGGCCGUCGUCAACCGCACCAUCCUGUUCAAGGUCACGAUCCUUGAGUAUCGUAGCGGCAAGAAGGAUCGCUUCUCGCAUCUAGAGCUCGUACCAGUGGAAGAGCACGUCAGGUGUAAGUGUCAGUGCCGUGUGAAGGAGUCCCACUGCACCGAGCGGCAGAUCUACAACCCGAACAACUGUCGCUGCGAGUGCACCAACAAGGAGGACCGCAACCAGUGCCUGCAGGAACGCCUGCUGAAGCAGUGGAACCCGAACACCUGCAGUUGCGACUGUCUGCCCAGGACGGAGGAGUGCACGAGUGGUUCGCAUUAUGAUCGCAGUGCCUGCAAGUGCCUUCCGAACGAUUUCUACUACGAGGGACCGCAGGCGUGGGAUCCCACGCAGGAGCACCAGCAACAGCAGCAGCCGAUCGUCCUGUCGCGUUCCUCCGCCUCCCGGAAGCGCAGCCCACCAUCCGUCCAGGCGCAACCCGAUCCGGAACGCGGAAACUAACCGCAAUGGUUGCCAUUUCAAUUUCGUGGCGGUUCGUGACCGCGUCCUUCUUAUCGUGUUUAGGGCUCGCUGGCUUCGGUUGGCGGGCUUUGGCGCUGCAGGAGUCCUUCAGUCAUUGUGCGAUCGCACGCCGGACUGUCCGGAGUUUCGAUCGAUUGUAACCUCCAUUUCGGGCUCCUGCCGGCGUACGAACGCUACUCUCUAGGUUAAUUAGCUCAAACAACAAAUAUAGAUAUCGUGUAGCCAGUAAGCGUAAUUGUACUUAGAUACUUAGUCAAAAGAGAGAGAGAGAGAGAGAUAGAGAUGAGACAGUAAAAUGAACCAGUAUUGCCUCGACUAUACCUAACCGCAGUGGAUUAAAUGCCUCCGAGAACUGGUAGUGGCUGGGUGGCAGGAUAGAGCAGAAAUACAGCGUUUCCAGGAACAGGGAAACGAGCCGCAAACGAAGCAGAAGCCUUGGGCGGGACGAACCUGGAACCAGACGUUGGAGGACCGCCGGCGGAUGAUAGUAAAACCGAUCCCAGUUGCGAGCGACACCUAAGACCGGCCCGCAGUGCAGAGUUGAUAGUGGCCAGAGCGAGUGAUGGGGCGGUGUAGAUUUUAUAUGAUCGAAGAUGGCGGAUUUGACCGUUCAUUUUGCCUCUGUUUUAUUGCUGGACGGGACGUGCGACUACGAAAACAAAAUGGCCGAUGGAACCAUUAGAACUAUGAUAAAAAAAAAAUAAAACAGAAACACACGUACAACGACCGUCGAAGCCGCACAGAUUUGAACGCAUUUUAGUUUUUCGUUCUGCCUUACCGUAACUUUAGCGCGAGUGCCGUGCGAUGACGCGGACAUUUCUUUUUACUGAAAUAAAUGCUAUAUUUACAAGGA